AUGUCGUCAAAGGGGUUUUACGUGCAGAAAACGAAACGGCUGCACAGCCGGUAUAGCCUUAGCGGAAAUGCCGUCCUGCUGCUAAAGGCACUCGAUGACUUCCAUGUUGGCAUUAUCGAUCAUGCAGAGCUCGGCCGUAUCGUUCGCAUGUCCAGAAACAACCGAAAAGCAGUGACCGAAAUUAUCACCAAAUGCGCCGCCGUGAUGGAAAAGCAGCCCGGGGAGAUGAAGGACUGCAUUGCACUCAUUCAGAACUGUACCGAGAUCCUCGGGGUAGCUGCCCUCGCACGCACGUGCAAAACUAUCAGGAACGAAUUUCUCGAAUUCGUCUACAGCGAAGAGUUCUUCUCAUUUGGCUGCACUUGUGACAUGUAUUCCCACCUGUACACGAACAAGCUGUUGCAGGCCUCUAUCCGCAGCGUUAAGGUGCACUGGUGCGGCCCAAAGGCUGACUUGGCCUUCUCGUUGCUCGCAUCGUGCCCCAAAUUACGACAAAUACAUAUAGUCAUCUCCAAGGCCACCACGACAGCUUUGACACAGCGACAGACCGAGAUGCUGCAAUACUUCCCCACACAACGGUCAACCCGGAUCUGUGAUGCACUGGGAAUUGACGAGCUGCUCAAACUGCGAGGGAUGACGAAUGUCUACGUUAGCCACAUACUGGCCAAGCAGGGAGCGCGUCGCACCGACGAAGAGCGAGCAGGGCUGCUGCUGCUGCUAUUAGACAAGCUUAAGGGGCGUCGCAGCGAUGUUUUCUAA